AUGCGGAUCAAUGCAGUUUUUUGGGCCAUCCUGGCCCUACAAUCAUCCAAUGUCUGGUCUGGCAAGAUGCGGAACUUCCUCCACCAGACCCAGUCGGAUCUUCUCCAGCACGAGGACCUGGAGCUGGAACACAAGCGCUUGCUUGUGGUGAAAGUGAAGGCAGACAGCUUCUACGACAGCGCCACCACCGUGGCCGAGAUCGGAGGAAUCCGGAUCCUAAGCACAGCGGGGAAGUGCCUGAGUUGCGACGCGUCCACGGUGUGCUCCUCGCCAGAUGAGCCCGCGUACGCGGACAGCUUUGCACAGAAUGUCUGCAAGACGCCUGCGAAGCCCGGUGUUGCCUGGAGCUUCAAGGUGACACCAAGUACUCCGUAUGACCUGAUGCUGACCAUACCGCUCAAGAAGCUGAACGGUGCCACUGGCUUUGUCAUCGAGAUCACCUCCGGGGUCGAAUCCGCAGGCAACAACACGGCGGCCAAGUCGGGGAAGCAAGUGCUGAAUUGGGUGGCCACCUCCAUCAUGGGGUCGCAGGAUUCCGUGAAUGGCAAAUGGUUGCGAUCUGCGUGGUCGAAGCAGGCAGUGGCAAUGAACGGGGACUUUCGAUACGCAGUCGUCGGAAGGAGAGCCAUCAGCCUCUCCGAGAAAGCAGAGGAGAUGUACGAUGAAUUUUGCGUGCGGCCUGACAACGUCGACGGCUACCUACUGACAGAGCAUUCGCUGGCCAAGUCCAAGCUCCACGUCACGGCGAAAUGCGCCACAGGCUACAAGGGAGCGCCUUCCGUCAAAGACUGUGUCGAUGACCAUGAGCCGUACCAGCUUUCGGGGUGCCUGCCUCUGGUCUGUACCAGCCCUGAUGACGUUGAGGCCUAUGAGUUGACGGAGAAGAAUAUGCAGAUUCUUUACUUCGAAGUGCAGGCAAGCUGUAAGCCUGGCUACGAGGGCGACCCCGUCAUCACGAAGUGCAGUGGAGAUGGCCAGCCGUACAGUGUGUCAGGUUGCAAAGCUACGACGACAACAACAAGCACAACCACGACAAGCACAACUACAACAACGACCACCGUGACUUCCACAACCACAACCACCACCUCGACGACAACAACCACAUCUACCACCACCUCCACCACCACCGUAACUACCACAAGCACCACCACGACCACCAUCACAACCACCACGACCAGUACCACAACCUCCACAAGCACAAUCACCUCCACAACAACCUCAACAACAACCACCACGUCGACUACCACGGUGGUCGCGUACUGCUCGGCCUUCUCGGAAAAGGAGACGCCCGAAUACGAGGUCACCGAGACGAGCUUGGAGGUCCUCAACUUCGAGGUGAAAGCAUCGUGCAGUUCUGGGUAUUACGGCACGGCCACAGCAACAGUCUGUGCCAAAAGUGACCAGCCAUACAUCCUGAAGGGAUGCGAGAAGAAGAUGUGCCAAAGCCCGGAUGACACGACCGGCUACACCCUGACUGAGACCGAUGCUUCCAUCGUCUCCUUCGAAGUCAAGGCUGCCUGCGCCGAGUACUAUCACGGCGCAGACCCCGAGGUCGUGGUGUGCGCGGAUCACGGGAAGAAGUUUUCGCUCAGCGGUUGCGAGGCUGACCUGUGCAGAUCUCCCUUUGACACGACAGGGUACACGGUGACAGAAUCAAAGCUUAGUCGCAAGGGCUUUGCAGUCACAGCCAAGUGUGCCAACGGCUACGCGGGCACUGCUGAAGUUGCAGCAUGCACUGAGCACGACAUGGCAUACACCGUAAGUGGCUGCUCAGAGACAACCACAACAACUUCGACAACCACCACCACAACGACGACGACCAAGACCACCACGUCAACUUCUACGACCACCAUCACAUCAACAUCAACGGUAACGACCACGAUCACAAGCACAACGACAAGCACAAGUACGACAACGGAAACGACCACGACUACAAUCACGAGCACUAUCACAACGACGACAACUUCUACAAUCACAACCACAUUAACUUCCACGAGCACUUCCACAAUCACCAGUACAACUACUUCAACGUCAACAACUACGUCAACUCAGACGAGCACAACAACUGAGACAACCACGUCAACCAGCACGAUCACGACGACAAUCACCUCCACCUCCACUUCGACAACCACUGCAACGACCACCAGCACAACAACUACUACAAUCACAUCUACCACUACAGUUACUAGCACAACCACCACCACUACAUCGACGAGCACAACAACCACCAGCACUACCACAACAACAACCAUCACCUCCACUACUACCACUACGACGAGCACCACCACCGUGACAACCACCACUGUCACCACCACAAGCACCACCACCGAAACUACUACCAGCACAUCGACAACUACCAGCACUACAACCACCUCAACUUCAACUAUCACCAGCACCACCACCAUCACAAGCACCGUAACAAGCACCACAACAACUACUACGUCAACAAGCACAAGCACAAGCACCACAUCGACCAGCACAACCACUACGACCACCAGCACCUCCACAUCCACGACGACCACGACGACCAGCACCAUCACUUCGACAACGACGACGAGCACCUCAACCACCACGACAACCACAUCAACAAGCACCAGCACCAUUACUACGACGACGACCUCGACUCAGACUUCGACCAGUACGAGCACCACGACAUCCACCAGCACCAGUACCACGACUGUCGCGGAGCUUUGCGUUGCUCCAGUCUCAGACGGAUAUGAGAUUGAUGAGAAGAAUCUCUACAUCUUGUCCUUUGAUGUGACUGCGAAGUGCGCUGACGGCUACGAUGGCACAGCAACAGUGGAGGCAUGCAAAGCCAACAAGGAGAAGUACGUCCUCAGCGGCUGCCAGGCCAUUCGCCACUGCCUGGCCCCGGCUUCAUCUGAAGGCUACACGGUCAAUGAGAACAACCUGAGAAUCAGCCUCUUCGAUGUGGUGGCUGCGUGUGCAGAGGGCUACGUUGGAACUCCUGCUGUGGAAGCCUGUACUUCUGAUGGGGGCUCCUAUGUUCUUUCUGGCUGUGCCUUGGACCCUUUCUGCUUGGCCCCGACGACCUCCGCGGGAUACAAGGUGACCGAGACAAAUCUACGCAAGAGUUUGUUUGACGUCGCCGUCGAGUGUAAGGAAGGCUACGUUGGACAGGCAACUGCGACUGCUUGUACGAAAAACGGAGAGAACUACGAGCUGACCGGCUGUGAGUUGGACCCCGUGUGCUUGGCCCCUUCGGAUGUGGAGGGCUACAAGGUGACAGAGUCCCAUCUCAGUGUUAGCAAGUUCCAGGUGGAUGCGGAGUGUGCAGAAGGGUUUUUCGGAACAGCAUCUGUAACGGCAUGCACAUCAAAUGGGGAGCAUUUCUCGAUCUCUGGAUGUGAGCUGGAUCCGCUCUGCAUGACUCCCACAAGUCUCAAGGGCUAUAAGGUCACGGAGGCAAACCUUCUUCAGAGCGUUUUCGAUGUCACUGCCGAAUGUGCAGUCGGGUACCUGGGUACUGCCACUGUGGCCGCAUGCUCUGCAGACGGGGAAGCAUUCACACUUUCCGGCUGCGAGAAAGACAAGCUUUGCGUUGCGCCCAGUGAUGUUACCGGCUAUGAUGUGACGGAAGUUGCCCUUCUGGAAAGCAAGUUCGAUGUCACGGUAAAGUGUGCACCCGGCUAUCUGGGUACUGCUGCAGUGGCAGCUUGCUCUGCAGAUGGAGAGGCGUACACUUUGUCGGGCUGUGAGAAGGACAAGCUGUGCAGCGCACCGAGUGAUGCUACUGGCUACACGGUGACAGAAGUUGCUCUUGCGGGAAGCAAGUUCGAUGUGACUGCUGAAUGCGCAGUCGGGUACCUGGGUACUGCUGCUGUGGCAGCGUGCACUGCAGACGGGCAAGCAUACACACUUUCCGGCUGCGAGAAAGACAAGCUUUGCGUUGCACCCAGUGAUGUUACCGGCUAUGAUGUGACGGAAGUUGCCCUUCUGGAAAGCAAGUUUGAGGUCACGGUAACAUGUGCACCCGGCUAUCUGGGUACUGCUGCAGUGGCAGCAUGCUCUGCAGAUGGAGAGGCGUACACUUUGUCGGGCUGUGAGAAGGACAAGCUGUGCAGCGCACCGAGUGAUGCUACUGGCUACACGGUGACAGAAGUUGCUCUUGCGGGAAGCAAGUUCGAUGUGACUGCCGAAUGCGCAGUCGGGUACCUGGGUACUGCUGCUGUGGCAGCGUGCACUGCAGACGGGCAAGCAUACACACUUUCCGGCUGCGAGAAAGACAAGCUUUGCGUUGCACCCAGUGAUGUUACCGGCUAUGAUGUGACGGAAGUUGCUCUUCUGGAAAGCAAGUUUGAGGUCACGGUAAAAUGUGCACCCGGCUAUCUGGGUACUGCUGCAGCGGCAGCAUGCUCUGCAGAUGGAGAAGCGUACACUUUGUCGGGCUGUGAGAAGGACAAGCUGUGCAGCGCACCGAGUGAUGCUACUGGCUACAUGGUGACAGAAGUUGCUCUUGCGGGAAGCAAGUUCGAUGUGACUGCCGAAUGCGCAGUCGGGUACCUGGGUACGGCCGAUGUGGCAGCAUGUUCUGCAGACGGGCAAGCAUACACACUUUCCGGUUGCGAGAAAGACAAGCUUUGCAUUGCACCCAGUGAUGUUACCGGCUAUGAGGUGACAGAAGUUGCCCUUCUGGAAAGCAAGUUUGAUGUCACGGUUAAGUGUGCACCCGGCUAUCUGGGUACUGCUGCAGUGGCAGCAUGCUCUGCAGAUGGAGAGGCAUACACUUUGUCGGGCUGUGAGAAGGACAAGCUGUGCAGCGCACCGAGUGAUGCUACAGGCUACACGGUGACAGAAGUUGCUCUUGCGGGAAGCAAGUUCGAUGUGACUGCCGAAUGCGCAGUCGGGUACCUGGGUACUGCCGAUGUGGCAGCAUGUUCUGCAGACGGGCAAGCAUACACACUUUCCGGCUGCGAGAAAGACAACCUUUGCGUUGCACCCAGUGAUGUUACCGGCUAUGAGGUGACAGAAGUUGCCCUUCUGGAAAGCAAGUUUGAUGUCACAGUAAAGUGUGCAACCGGCUAUGUGGGUACUGCUGCAGUGGCAGCAUGUUCUGCAGACGGGCAAGCAUACACACUUUCCGGCUGCGAGAAAGACAAGCUUUGCGUUGCGCCCAGUGAUGUUACCGGCUAUGAUGUGACGGAAGUUGCCCUUCUGGAAAGCAAGUUUGAUGUCACGGUAAAAUGUGCAGCCGGAUAUCUGGGUACUGCUGCAGUGGCAGCAUGCUCUGCAGAUGGAGAGGCGUACACUUUGUCGGGCUGUGAGAAGGACAAGCUGUGCAACGCACCGAGCGAUGCUACUGGCUACAUGGUGACAGAAGUUGCUCUUGCGGGAAGCAAGUUCGAUGUGACUGCUGAAUGUGCAGCCGGGUACAUGGGUACUGCCGCUGUGGCAGCGUGUGCUGCAGACGGGCAGGCAUACACACUUUCCGGCUGUGAUAAGGACAGGAUGUGUAUCGCGCCCAGUGAUGCGACGGGCUACAAGGUGACGGAGGUUGUGCUGUCAGGAAGCAAGUUCGACGUGACUGCCGAAUGUGCAACUGGCUAUGUGGGUACCGUCUCUGUGGCGGUGUGCUCCGCCGACGGAGCAGCAUACACCCUGUCGGGCUGUGAGAAGGAGAAGCUUUGUGUAUCACCAUCGGAUGCGAAGGCAUACGUGGUCACUGAGACUGUCCUGGCAGCAAGCAUGUUUGACGUCACCGCCAAGUGUGCCGAAGGCUAUGUCGGAACCGCCAGCGCAAGUGCAUGCUCCUCUGAUGGAAAAGCGUACACGCUGUCUGGCUGCGAAAAGGAAGUCUACUGUGUGGCCCCCAUGGAUUCUACGGGUUACCAAGUGAACGAGAUUUCACUUGCAAAGAGCAAGUUCGACGUGAAGGUUUCUUGUGCAAGUGGCUUCUCUGGCACAGCCAGUGUAGCUCCAUGUUCCAAAGAUGGCACGAACUAUGCACUGAGUGGGUGCAGCAAGCGCUAG